GGAGCGGCGGCGGCAGCAGCUGAGCUCGCAGCAGCGCGGCCGCAGCCAUGCGCCUCCGCGCCGCCGCGCUCUGCCUCUGCCUGCUGGGCGCCUGCCGCCUCCGCCGCGGGCUCGAGGCUGCGGGCGCUCCCCAGCGACCCCCGGCAGCCGCGCCUUCCUCCGCCUCCUCCUCCUCCUCCUCUUCCUCCUCCUCUUUCCCCUCCCCGCCGCGCCGGGACGGGGCUCUCCGCAACGGGUCGGUGGUGCCGCACCGCUACAUGGUGGCUCUGUACCAGCGCCUCGCCGCCCGCAGCCCGCCCGCCCGCAGCCCCGACACCGUCACCGGCUUCGCCGAGCGGGAGAGCGGGGAUGCCUCCCCAUCCGCCCUCGAGCAGCGAUACCUCUUCGACAUCUCCAGCCUGGCUGAGGCGGUGGAGGUGACGGGUGCAGAACUGCGGGUCCUACGUGCUCUCCCCGAAAACCGGAGCUUAGCCCUGUCCCCUGAAGGCACCUUCCACCACCUCCUGCUCUCCACCUGCCCAAGCCAGGACGGCGAGGAGCCCCGACUGCUGGACUCCAAGGCUGCAGACAUUUUGCACCCUGGCUCCUCCAGAUGGGAGGUGUUUGACGUCUGGGAAGCCCUGCGGGAUUGGAGGGAGAGCUCUCCCUUGGACAAGCUGUUGUGCUUCGUGUUGAGGAUCGUCUCGGAUCAGUCGGGGCGGCUCCUGCCCCCCCGGCAGCUGGGGUUCAGCAAGCCCCAACCGCAGCCCCACGAGCGAGCCCUGCUUGUGGCUUUCUCUCGUACACAGAGGAAGGAGAACCUCUUCAAGGAGAUCCGAGAUAAGAUCAAGGCUCUGGGCAGCUCCCCCUUCCUGGAGCCCCCUGAUCUCAGCCAGGAGGCGUACCCCAAGCGGAGGAAGAGACGGACCACCAUCGCCGCCCGCUCUGGGGGCAGAGGCCAUGGAAAGAAGGCGAAGACCCGCUGCAGCAGGAAGCCACUGCACGUGAACUUCAAGGAGCUGGGCUGGGAUGACUGGAUAAUUGCCCCUCUGGAUUAUGAGGCGUAUCACUGUGAGGGGGUCUGCGACUUCCCCCUGCGCUCCCACCUAGAGCCCACCAACCACGCCAUCAUCCAGACCCUGAUGAACUCCAUGGACCCGGAGUCCACCCCCCCGAGCUGUUGCGUGCCCUCCAAGCUCAGCCCCAUCAGCAUCCUCUACAUAGACUCCGGGAACAAUGUGGUUUACAAACAGUACGAGGACAUGGUCGUGGAGACGUGUGGCUGCAGGUAGCAAUUUCUGCAGGUCUCCCCCUCCCCGCUCCACC